AUGAACAGCCCACAAGAACAUCAAGCCUUAAUGGAAGAAGGAAUAUGGAAGUUGUCUCUUGAUAAGGGAAACAUCGAUGAAGCUCUGGAAUCAUUUGAGCGACACAAAGUCACAACUGCUGUGGACCUUAUUUUGUACUCUUCAGACACAUUGAACUUGCAACUGACACACUCCCAAGCAUUACGGCUAAUAAGACUGAUAAUGUCCCGUAAAGAUAGCGUAAUAUGGCAUGAAAUCUGUCUUGAGUUUUCCAGUGAGAGCCCUCAGUUGCAAUACAGUGUCUCGCAAAUUAUUGAUUGCUUCCCAAAAGCUUUGGUUGCCAGGAGCUUCCCACUGUCGACAACAUAUGCCAUUCAUCAUGCAUUGCAAUAUGGUAUUCGGCUCCAAGAGCUGCACUUGUCCGAUUGUGCCUUAUCUGACGGCAAUGUGGAAAUUCUGAGCGAAGCAAUACGGUCGCCUUCAUCCCAGUUUCAAAAGCUAUCCCUAUGGAAUGUAAAUUGUGUAUCGUUUCAGACGGACGUCGUGGUCGACGGUCGCCACCAUCCUCUUGCAAUGGCUUUGGCGGAAAAUACAACUCUACAGUGCAUAGAGCUAAGACGCAGCAUGACUGCAAACCUGGGAGUUAUGUUUGAACUCAUUAAUGCUUUGAUUGGGUCCACUAGCUUGGAAGACUUUUCCUUGGAAGAAUCAAAUCUUGCUAGCAAAGUACGAGUAGAAGGAGACGAUAUCGCUUUGAUGGUUCCGUUGACAAAGAUAUUGAUGGAUUCGCAGUGUCGCAUCAGCAAUCUUGACCUUGCGAACUGUGGUUUGGGUCAACAAAGACACUGGCUACAGUCUCUACUUUCGGGCUUGGAGCACAACGCUUCGAUAGAAUCGCUGGACCUAUCGGAAAAUGGGUUUGAUUCCAUUGAUAUGACCAUGGUUCUCGAUGGUCUCAAACGAAUUCGGGGUAUCCGUCAGCUUGACUUGAAUGAUCAAGGCAACCUUUUGACUCACGGAUCCAUCGAUUGGUUGGCAAAUAGUUGUCUUCUCAACCCACAACCAACGAUCUGUCUGGAGGAACUUCAGAUUGACAAUUAUUUGCCCGCCGACAUGGGAGACUCUGACUAUGCUAGCGAGAAUGGCGACGAAGAUGACGGGCAAAAAAGGGAAAACGAGUUGGUCUUGCUAAAGCUCUUGCGAAACAAUCCUUCGCUGGGAAAAUUGGGAAUUGAGCUAGAUGAACUCCAAGAAAGAUUAUCUCCACGUGUUGUUCAGUUGCUGGAUCUAAAUCUGUGUGGCCGUCGUCUCCUCGUACCAAUAAGUAUCCAGCAAGGGAGCUGUGACAACAACACCACCACAUUCCAGUACGACCAGAUUCCAUUAGGGCUGUGGCCAAUAAUACUGGAACGAGCAGACAGUAUAUUCUCGGAAUUUCCCGAAAGGUGUGCUAAUGUGCUUCAUCAUUUUUCACAGAACGGGCCGCUCCUUUUGGACUAUUGA